AGUGGCUGGUUCCUUGAGGGGCAGAUCCUGGGCAGAAUGGAGGAACACACAGAGCCAGGCUUGGUACCAGGGCUGGGGGACCAGAGGGUCCUAAUCGACAACCCUGCUGACAUUCUGGUUAUUGCUGCUUAUUUCCUGCUGGUCAUUGGUGUCGGCUUGUGGUCCAUGUGCAAAACCAACAGAGGCACCGUUGGCGGCUAUUUCCUGGCAGGACGAAGCAUGGUGUGGUGGCCGGUUGGAGCCUCUCUCUUUGCCAGCAACAUCGGCAGUGGCCACUUUGUGGGUCUGGCAGGGACUGGUGCUGCAAGCGGCUUGGCUGUGGCUGGAUUUGAGUGGAAUGCGCUGUUCGUGGUUCUACUACUGGGCUGGCUCUUCGCGCCGGUGUACCUGACCGCGGGAGUAAUUACAAUGCCACAGUACCUGCGCAAGCGCUUCGGCGGCCAUCGUAUCCGCCUCUACCUGUCUGUGCUCUCGCUUUUUCUGUACAUCUUCACCAAGAUUUCGGUGGACAUGUUCUCCGGCGCAGUAUUCAUUCAACAGGCUCUGGGCUGGAACAUCUAUGCCUCUGUCAUUGCGCUCUUGGGCAUCACCAUGAUCUACACUGUGACAGGAGGGCUGGCAGCACUGAUGUACACGGAUACUGUGCAGACCUUCGUCAUUCUCGGGGGGGCCUUCAUCCUCAUGGGCUACGCCUUCCACGAGGUGGGCGGGUAUUCAGGGCUUUUCGACAAAUACUUGAGGGCAAUGACGUCACUGACCGUGUCGGAGGAUCCAGCUGUGGGCAACAUCUCCAGCUCCUGCUACCGACCCCGACCCGACUCCUACCACUUGCUCCGGGACCCCGUGACGGGGGACCUGCCGUGGCCCGCGUUGCUCCUGGGGCUUACCAUCGUCUCCAGCUGGUACUGGUGCAGCGACCAGGUCAUUGUGCAGCGCUGCUUGGCCGGGAAGAACCUGACUCACAUCAAGGCAGGCUGCAUCCUGUGUGGCUACUUGAAGCUGAUGCCCAUGUUCCUCAUGGUCAUGCCGGGCAUGAUCAGCCGUAUUCUCUACCCGGAUGAGGUGGCUUGCGUGGUGCCUGAGGUGUGUAGGCGUGUUUGUGGAACUGAGGUGGGCUGCUCCAACAUCGCCUACCCAAGGCUCGUGGUGAAGCUCAUGCCCAGUGGUCUGCGUGGACUUAUGCUGGCUGUCAUGCUGGCCGCGCUCAUGUCCUCACUGGCCUCAAUCUUUAACAGCAGCAGCACCCUUUUCACCAUGGACAUCUACACGCACCUGCGUCCCCAUGCGGGUGACCGUGAGCUGCUACUAGUAGGACGGGUCUGGGUGGUGUUCAUUGUGGCUGUGUCGGUGGCCUGGCUACCUGUGGUACAAGCAGCGCAGGGCGGGCAGCUCUUUGAUUAUAUCCAGGCAGUCUCCAGCUACCUGGCGCCACCUGUGUCCGCUGUCUUUGUGCUGGCACUUUUCGUGCCCCGCAUCAAUGAAAAGGGCGCCUUUUGGGGACUGAUUGGGGGUCUGCUGAUGGGUCUAGCACGCCUUAUUCCCGAGUUCUCCUUUGGCUCGGGCAACUGUGUGCGACCCUCAGUGUGCCCUGCACUCCUCUGCCGUGUGCACUACCUCUACUUUGCCAUCAUGCUCUUCAUCUGCUCUGGCCUCCUCACCCUUGUAGUCUCACUGUGCACAGCACCCAUCCCACACAAACAUCUCCACCGCCUGGUUUUCAGUCUCCGGCACAGCAAGGAGAAGAGGGAGGACCUGGAUGCUGAUGAGCUGGAAGGUCUAACCUUAUGUGUUGUUCAGAAUGGGUGCCCUGAGCAUGCAGUGAGCAUGGAGGGUAAGGCAUUUGCCUCAGGAGGUGGGGCUGGGGAUCUGGGGCAGCCAAGUUCUCUCAAACUAACCACAGGGCCUCAACUGUUUCUAGAGCCCCAGUCCCCAGCACCAGGCCUAUUCCACCAGUGCCUGCUCUGGUUCUGUGGAAUAAGUAGGGGUGAGGCAGGCAGCCACCAACUGCCUACACAGGAGGAGGUGGCUGCAGUAGCCAGGCGACUGGAGGACAUCAGUGAGGACCCAAGCUGGGCCCGUGUCGUCAACCUCAAUGCCUUGCUCAUGAUGGCUGUGGCCAUGUUCCUCUGGGGCUUUUAUGCCUGA